UCUCCAAGAGGAGCCAUGCAGUCCACCGAGAGCCCAGCCGAGCUCUGAGAGCCCAGCCACCUGGCGCCUCUCCCCUCGGAUCCCGCCUCAGAUUGCCAGUGCUUUGGGAUAACCCAGCAGCCCGCUGGGGCCCCUGGACUCCCCAUCACCUCGAAAAACAAUACCCCAGCGCCUAGACUAGGGGGAAGAAGGAAAUCCUGCCCCUGAGCCACCUCACAUCCUUCUGCCUCUGGCUGUUGCGUGGCUCUCCCUCCCCUCGAUUCCAGCUGCAGCACAUCUGGAAGGACAGUUUCCCCUUCCUCAACUCCUAACCUCCCAGAGGUCCAGACCGCCCCCUCCCCAAUUCUCAGGACAUCUUCCCCUUGAGCAAGCCACAGACUAGCCCGGACUCAGUUUCCAACGAGUUUUAGUCCUCUUGUGGGCUCUGGGAGAGAAGUCUAACAAACUUCUAGAGAGACCUCAGUCCCCUGAAAACACUGACUUUUCCAAUCAAAUUUAUUUAAGGCCCUGUGGUCAAAGGGUCACAUUCCCUCCCCCUGAGAGAAGACAGUCUCUCCUCUUCCCUCUCCAGUGGCCUCUGAGGCCCCAUUUCCCCUCUGCAGUAUUCCUGUGGGAUCAGGGGCUGCUGGGCCCACUCCCUUGGCCUUGAGAAUUAGCCUCCCUCCACUGCUCCCCACACACACGCACGCACGGACGCAGGCAGGCAGGCACGCACGAUUUUUUUAUUCUUUGCCUUACAGAGAACUUGAAGUCCAGAAAAGGACUGCAAAGGAAGGGCCCUCAGAUUGGACCCCAGUAGAGGGGCCCUGGCCGUUGGCACGUCCCUCAUACCACUGGAGAAUUGAGUUUGGGAUUCUGGGUGACGGCCUCUUCCCCACCCCCUUGGUGGAGCCUGGAGCUGAGGGGGCAGAUUAAGGACGUGGCAGGUGGAAGGAGUUGGGGCUCUGGCCAGAGCCUGGGGGGAGUGGCGCUUCUUCAAUAGCCCUGGGGCUACCAAGCCCAUUCCCAAAGCUGCUCUGUUGGUCGGAAAGGGAAGUGUGGACCUAGCCAGGAGAGCUGGGAGGCUUCCUAAGGGAGGAGGCUUCCGUUCGCCCUUGGGAUCCAGAGGCAGCCGUUUUUGGACAGAGGAUGCGUUUCUUCAUCCCUUUUUAAGUUACAAAAACAUUGUCUUCAGUGCCAUUGCCGUCUCUUCCCACUUCCUACCAACCCUGCACUCUCCUCCCUCCCUCCCCACAUUCCUACACUUGCCUUCCACCUAGCCGGGCUUGCUGAGCGACUCCCCGGGCUGUUCAGAGAGGGGGCUGAGAGCAAAGUAGGGAUGGCCCCUGGCACUCAUCCUUCCCUUCUCCUUUGAGUUGCUUGCCACAGACAGAGGAGGGACAGAGAACCAGCCUUGGCCCCCGGGUCAUGCACAUACCCAUCCCUGGCCCCUCUGCGAAGAUCAGAGGGAGCUCAGGAAUCACCUUUCGUCAUGGAGGGGCUUGGAAGGUCACCCCUGUGGCUGAGCAGAGAGCUGGCUGCCCCGCAGCCUCAGCUUCUCCUCCUGGACUGCCGGAGCCGGGAACUCUAUGAGUCAGGUCACGUCCAGGGGGCUCUUAGCGUAGCCCUACCAGCCCUGCUGCUUCGGAGGCUGAGGAAGGGGAAUCUGUCAGUGGGCUCCCUGCUCCCCAGCCCCCUGCACCAGCAGCGGCAGCCCCAGCAGCCACGGCCGCUGCCCCCUCUGCCCAUCCUACUAUAUGAUGAAGGCCGAUGUGUCGCGGAGGAAGAAGCGGAGGCGGCCCAAUCAGUACUAGCCACCUUGCUCCAGAAGCUGCAAGAGGAAGGCCACCCUGCCUACUAUCUACAAGGUGGCUUCAGCAAAUUCCAAGCCGAGUGGCCGCACCUCUGCAAAACGAAGCUUGAUGCCCCAUGUGCCAGUAACUCACUAGUGCCUGUUCCAGCACCUGUGGUGGGCCUGGGAGGCCUGUGCCUCAGCUCAGACUGCUCAGAUGCUGAGUCAGACCCAGACCGGGACACCCUGAGCUACAGCCUGGAGUCAGAGGGUGGGAGCCCUCCACCGCCAGGACACCCCCCAUCCUUACCUGUUCAAAUUCUCCCCAACCUCUACCUGGGAAGUGCUCAGGACUCAGCCAACAUGGACAUGCUGGCCAAGCUGGGCAUCCGCUACAUCCUCAACGUCACCCCCAACCUGCCCAAUCUCUUCGAAAAGGACGGCGACAUCCACUACAAACAGAUCCCCAUUUCGGACCACUGGAGCCAGAAUCUCUCCCAGUUUUUCCCAGAGGCCAUUGACUUCAUUGAUGAAGCUGUGUCCCAGAACUGUGGCGUGUUGGUCCACUGCCUGGCGGGUAUCAGCCGCUCUGUCACCGUCACUGUGGCUUAUCUGAUGCAGAAGCUUCACCUCUCGCUCAACGAUGCCUAUGACCUGGUGAAGCGGCAGAAGUCCAACAUCUCCCCCAACUUCAACUUCAUGGGGCAGCUGCUGGACUUUGAGCACAGCUUGAAGCUCAAGGGCGAGGGGCCCAGGGACCAGAGGGGUGGUGAGGGAGUGGAAGGGAGCCACCCCCCAACACCUCCCUGCUUCUUCACCACUCCCACUGGUGAAGGAGUCUUUGAAUUGGACUCCACCUAAGGAAUGGGGCUGGGCAGAGGGUUGGGGUGGAGGUUAAGGACGGUGGCCCUGGCCUGGCCAAUCCCCAGGCGGAGGCCCACUGUCCUUAGGGAAUUGCUUGCCCCCAACCCAGGGGACUCCACCAAAGCUGGGGAGACCCCAAUACCUCAUCCGAAGAGACAAGAGCUAAGAACCCAGAGCCUUUUGCCAUUUCCUGCCCCCUCCAAAGUGGUGGAAGGGGAAAGACCUUUUAUACCCACUUGAGAAACCAAACUUCAGCAAGAAUCUGAACGUGCCUAUUGACCAGGUAUUGACAGUCAUGUUGAUACUGCUGUCUCCUGCCCCAACUCGUGGAGCCCACGGCCAAGGCUCAGAACCCACCAGGAAGGCCUUUGGACCUCAUCGUCAAGCCUCCAUUUGAAGGUGGCACCGUUCUGGAUGCCCUGCCUCUUCUGUGGUUGGAGGGGCCGAGUUGGGGGCAACUCAACAUCUGAAGGCAGCACGCACUUUCGAAGUGCCUACUCGGUGCCGGCUCUGUCGAGGCUGGGGCUGGGGUCGCCUUAGAAGUGGAGUUUUUCACACCGGGCCGGUUCUCUACACCCUGGAUCUGGGGAUCCUUAGGGACUCAAGCAAAGAACCUGUGACUAGAACCGGUGCGCGCCUCCUUCCUCCCCACCUCAUUCCUCUUCAGGAAAGCCCUCGAGUCUCCUCGAAAAAGAGAGCAGAAGCAGUCUGUGGACAAACUGAACCCCACUGAAGAGGUUAAACCUCCCACUUCAGGUGGGUCAUGCCACGCAAUACCAGGUCUAGAACCUAGACCUUCAAGACCCAGGUCAGGGAAAUCCACCUCUAUACCUUGUCCUGAACUUUCUGUUCGAGAGCCAUACUUUACCCCUAAAGAGGCCGGCUCUUGGGGUAUCUGGGACUCAGAUCUGAAACCUGCCAAUCUAGAACUGAGAUGUUCGAGGCCCCACAUCACCAUGCCAUACCUCAGCCAUCGACUUGGCGGUGGUUUUGCUUGUAUGAGUGUGUGUGAGCAUGUGUGUGUGUGUGUGUGUGUGUGUGUGUUCUGAGAAGUGGGAGGGAAGUGUGGGUAUGGUUCUGUGCCAGGAGAACUUCCUAGGGGGAAUUCUGGGCACCAGAAAUGGAAUAGCCUAUCAGAGAAGGAAUGUCCGUGUAUUUCAUUUUUCAGGGGAGAGUCUGGAAGGACUUUGCGGGAGGGAGGGAAACUUGGAGCUGGGAGGCCAGUUCCAGACCCCACAUCUGGCUCUCUGACUAUUUAUUUACUAGAUGUUUGCCGAGAGAUUUUUUCUCUUCCCUCAGAUAUGUCUUAAAGGGGGCACUCGGUUGGCGAGUCCAGACAAUAUUUCUAAGCGAUAGCUCAGGAGUUUUCUGGGGAGAGAGCGAUUGGUGAAACUCAAUGACAACAAGGAGGACGAAGGCCCCCGAUGGUGGUGGUGUUUUCUUUGGAUUUUUUGGUUGGUUUUUGGUUUGGUUUUUGGCUGGGAGGAUGGGAGUCCAUUAAGGCACACACAAACACGCACACACAUACAUACGCAGAGGCUCAGGCACAUACAGACACACCCAGGCAUGCAUACCGUGAGAAGACGCAGACAUCCGCAGUCUCCUACACGCAGUGUUGAGCCAGGGCAGAACCAGCAGGCAUGGCCGGUGUGGCCGUGAGCUUUGGCCAGGCCUCCUCCCUCUCCCGUAGGGAAGAAGGGGCCCGGCACUCAGUGUCUUUAACAGAUUGGCAGAUUAAAUUGGUAACAAACAUUUUCUGGAGAAAACAACAGCAACAACAAGGAAGGCGCCAUUUUUGCCAUCCUCGGGGAGGAAGGUUGGUGGUGAAGGUCGAGGCUGCUGGGGAGGCAGACCUGUGUUGGAAUCAGAAUCUUUAUUCUCCAUCGUCCCCACCUGGUUUUAGUGGGAGAGUCAGUCGUUCUAAUGAUCAAUAUUAUUGUCCAUUUCUAUCAGUGUUGUCAGAAGCCUCCUCAUGACUAUAAGCUAAGCUUCUCCAAAUUCCAGAUUCCCAGCUGCUGACUGUGUUUGUUUUAGCACCAACUUGGAAGGAACCUAGUGGUGUGCCACAAGGCUCUCGAGUCCUUACUAUAUAAAAAGAACCGAAGUGCAUACAGCACCUUCAAGGCCACAAAUUGCUUUAUUUACAUUCUCUCAUUUAAGUCUCACAACAUCUCCUUCCAGACAUUAUUAUCCCCAUUUUACAGAUGGGGAAAUUGAGGCUCAGGAGGGUCCAACGACUUGUCUGUUCUCUUACAGUGGAGCAUCCAGGAUAAAAUGGAGCCUGUUUUCCCGAUUCCAAGUCUUGCACACUAUCCACUAGACAAUCUUUCCUGCUCUUUCUUGCCCUGGCCUCUUUCAACCUUUUUUUCAUCCCUGGCUUACGUAGGUGUGGAUGGCAUGUUUAGCACAGUUGUAGAUUAUAUGAAAAUGGGAUGGCAGAUGGCAGAGAAAGGAUCCAAAAGGAUCUUAAGAGGCUAGCAUGAGAGGCGGGACUUCAUAAGAUGAAAUUUAACAGGCGCGCGGGCCAGGUUUACUAUGGUUCAACAAGUCAGUCACAUGGAGGGGGAAGAGAUGGUCGGAGAAGAGUUCUUGUUUUAAAAAAAAAGUACAGUGCCCAGAGCACUGGGCUUGGAAUCGGGAACAUCUGAGCUCAAAUCCAGCUUCACACAUUGACUAGCUCUGGCCCUGGGCCUCAGUUACUUUGUCCGGACAAUGAGGAUAAUAAUAGAACCUACUAAGACUUUGGUUGGUGUUGUGAAAACAAAGUAAGAGAAUAUUUAGGGAAAAGAAAAGAAAAUGGCCAGAGGGUUUUCUUAGCAAACUGUAUGCUCCAUGUGAGCCAGCAGUGCGAUUAUCCAAAGAGAAUGCAAUCUUGGGCUGCGUUGCCGAGGGAAGUGGCCAUUCCAUAGUGGACCAAUCUGGGGGGAACAUGCCUGGCAUAUUGUGGCCAGUUCUGGCCUUCACAUUUGAGGAAGGAUGCCAAAGGCAGCUAGGUGGCUCAGAGAAUCAUUCCAGAGAGAUCUUUUGUCACUCUUGCCUUCUCCAGGCUCAAAGUUCCCAUCUUCUUCCACCAAUCUCCACCUUGGAUGAUUGGGAGGCUCUUUUUCCAUCCUCCUUGCCCUCCCCUUCACUCUCUCCAGCCCACUGAUGUCCUUUUGAAAAUGUGGCACCUACAAAGAUACAUAGAAAGGUUCCAUGUCCACGAAAAUAGUUAUCACAGCGCUUCUUCUGUGUGACAAAGACCCACAACGUAGGUGCUUGUCAGUUGGAGAAUAGCUAAACAAGUUGUAAUGCAUGAAUGUCGUGAAAUAUUACUAUGUCGCAAGAAACAAUGAAGCUAAAGAAUUCAGAGAAACAUGGGAAGACAGAUGAACUGAUGCAGACCAAAGUAAGAGAACAGGGGAAACAAUUUACAGUCACUGCAGCAAUAUAAAUGGGAAUAUAACAACAAUGACUAAACUCCAACACUGGGUGGCAUGAUAGGGGGAUGGGGGACCUGGUAUGCACUGUUGUAUUCCAUUGAUGUGUUGAUUAGUUUUGCUGGGUUGCCUUUUCGUUUUCUUUUUUUAUUCUUUCUUACAAAGGAUGGAGCCUGGGGGGAGGAGAAGAGAAGAUGUAUAUGGAAACGAGGGUGAUAUAAAAACAAAAUAUCCACAAAAAUUGUUUUUAAAGGAGAGCCCAAAAGUGACCACACAAUUCUAGAUGUGGUCUAGCCAGGACAAAAUACAAUGGACCUCUCGCCUCCCUCGUUCUAGGCAUUGUGUCUCUCCUAACGUAGCCAAAGAUUUCCUUAGUUGUCUUGGCUUCCAUACCGUAUUUAUACUGAGCUUACAACCCAUUAGAAAUACCAGAACUUUUUCAGAAGAUUCACUGUCUAGCCACAUUUUCCCCACCUUGUGCUUAUGAGGUUGCUUUCUGGAGCCUUACAUAAGUGUGGAUCUCUGGCAAAUGUAAUUGUAUCACUUCUGGACCAACAUUCUACCCAUCAGGAUUUGCUACCCUUCUCACCUUUGGGUCAUCUAAAAAUCAGAGCAACAUCCCUUCUCAGAUUGCUUUCCAAGACACUGAUAAAUAUAUUCAGUAGCAGGGGGCAGCUGGGUAGCUCAGUGGAUUGAGAGCCAGCCCUAGAGACGGGAGGUCCUAGGUUCAAAUCUGGUCUCAGACACUUCCCAGCUGUGUGACCCUGGGCAAGUCACUUGACCCCCAUUGCCUAGCCCUUACCACUCUUCUGCCUUGGAGCCAAUACACAGUAUUGACUCCAAGACGGAAGGUAAGGGUUUAAAAAAAUAUAUAUAUUCAGUAGCAGAAGAUCUGGGUCUCUGGGGGCCUCCAUUAAACCCCUCCUUCCAAGUUGAUAUUUAAUGACUGCUCUUUGGGUCAACUAGUUCUGUCACAAAGGAACAUUGUUGAGUCCCAUUUCUCUUGGUCUUGUCUAGAAACUUAGCACAUGAGACUUUGCCAAGUUAUUUGCUAAAAUCUAGGGGCAACAAUAAUAUGAUAUAUGGCUAGCCACUGUAACUUUUAAAAGAAUGAGAAAAAUCAGAUUAUCCAAAUUUUAAAAAUUAGGAGGAAAUCACAACAAAGAGCUACAAAACUAUAAAAUAUGCCAAUCGACAUAACAGAAAAUAGGCAACCUAAACAAACUAAUUUCAGAAAGAGGACUGAAAAGGCCAUAAAUAAAAAGAAAAGCACCAGGGAGAGAACAGCAAAAAUGGCAGAGUAGGAGGACGCAUUACAAAGUAACUCCUUCUGGCAUUGACUUCAACAAAGACUUAGAAUGAGAUCAAGGAUAAAUCACAGUCAAUCAUUUUUCCAGUUCUGGUUAGCAUAGGGAGGCAAGCAGCAACCUGUGGAUGUGGAGGACAAGGCCUAGGCAGGAAAGUUCCCUUACAGAGCCUUCCUGGGGCCUAGGGCUGUUUUCUAGGGAAAUCGGUCAUUUGGGAUACAUCAGGGACAGUCUCUUGACACUCACUGUACAGAAAAUAGGAGCAGGACCCAAAUGGCAGGUUUGGCAAUGGUAUCCCAGAGCUAGGUGGUAGAUUCAGUGCAAACUGAGGAAGGAAUCAGAUUCCAGGCAUAGAUGUCAUCAUGAAAGGAGAAUGAAAAGCUUAGUACAUGAGGACCUUACCUAUGCGAUGGACCUCUGGAAAAUUAGAAUGGACCAAAUGGAAGUUAGCGAUUCCACGAGACAACAAAAAUUAUUGAAAACAAAGCCAAGAGACUGGAAAAAUAGAAGAAAAUAUACAGAAUAUAUUAUAUGACAAACAGCUGCCCUGGAAAACAGAUCAGAGACAGAUUAUUUAAGAAUCAUUGUACUGCCUAAAAACCAUCAUAUUUUAGAAAAUCAUGAAAGAGAAUUUCUCAGGUCUACUGAACAAGAGAGAAUGUGAAAAAAGAAGGAAUCCGCCACAUCAUUUCCUGAAAAAGAAAUCCCAACAUGAAAAUUCCUAGGAAAACCAUAGCCAAAAUCUAGAGUUUUCCACUCAGAGUGAAUAUAUUACAAGCAGCCAGAAAGGAAGAGUUUCAAGUACUGAGGAUCCACAGUCAAGAUCACACAAGAUUUAACAGCUACGACUCUAAAGAAGAAGUGAACAUGGAAUGUGAUGUUCCAAAAGGAAAAAAAGAAGGACUUGCCAUCAAGAAUAAUUUACCCAUACAAGUUGAAUAUAAUCUUACAAGAAAGGUAGUGUAUAUUUAAUGAAAUAGACUUCUAAGUAUUCUUGAUGGAAAAAACAGAGUGAACUAGAAACCUUGAAAUACAUAUAUGAGUAGAGAAAGAGAUUAAAAGGUAAAUGUGUGAGCAACAGAGAGAGACUAGACAAGGAUGAAAUGUUUAUAUAUCAGGGGAUAUAAUAUAAGUGUCUCCACAGAACCGUAAUGUCAGCAGGGGUCAUAGAAGGAGUUAAAUAAGACAGGAGUCCUAGGAGUGGAGUUUUUUAUGGUCUUAGAAGAAAGGAUGGGAAAGAAAAAGGAAGACAUAAGAGUAUGAAAAGGGAGCAAUUUAUCUCACACAAUCCAGUUGCACUUGUAGAAGAAUAUAAAAUCAAAGAUUUCUCUUUGAGGAACUCAGGGGUGGGAGAUACAUGGACCUUGCUUUUAUUGGAUCUAGUUAAAAGCAUGUAGAAUACACAAAGAGGUGUGUUAGAUGGAGAAAUACAUUUAACGCCACAGGGAAACAAGAAGGAACUGGGAGAGGGGAGAGGGGGGAAAUAAGGAGGGAAUAUUCAGGGAGGAAUUAGCAAAACGCACUUUAACUAUUGGAAUGUGGAUCAUGAAGACAGGUUUAAAAGGAAAGAAAGAUAAGCUAUAAAAUAUAGAAAAGAUAAGAACUAGUGAUUGGGGUCUGUGUGAGAGGGAAAAAAGGACCAGAGACAGAGGAACCAAAGUAGAUUGUAUGGAGUCUAGGCCACUCUUCUCUCACCACUCUCAUAUUCUUUGUAAAGAAGUAGCAGGGAGAAAAAAGGAAAAAAAAGUAUAAGAGAAUAGAAUAAAGGGAAAUGCGCAAUCAGUGGUCAUGACUGAGAAUGUGAAUCAGAGAACCAUACAUAAAAUAGAAGUGAGUAAAGUUGGUUAGAAAGCAGAAUCCUUUGAUCUGUUGUUUACAAGAAACACAUCUGAAACAUAAAGAUUCACAGAGUUAAAAUAAGGGACUAGAACAAAAUAGAUUAUGCUUCAACUGGCCUCGAAAACAAGCUUAGCCAUCUGAUCUCAGACCAGGCAACAGCAAAAAUAGACUUAAUCAAAAGAAACAAACAAGGAAUCUACAUCAUACCGAGUCAGCUGGUGGCAUAGUGGAUAAAGUGCUAGGCCUGGAGUCAGGAAGAUUUGAAUUCUAAUCCAGCCUCAGACACUUAUUAGCUGUGUGACACUAGGCAAAUCAUUUAGCCUCUGUUUGCUUCAGUUUUCUCAACUGUAAAAUGGGGGUUUUAAUAGCACGUACCUUUCAGGGUUGUUGUGAGAAUUAAAACAAGAUAACACUUGUAAAAGCACAGUGCCUAGCACAUAGUAGGGGCUACAUAAAUGCUAUUGCUUUUCCUGCCCUACUGAAAGCUACCAUGGACAGUGAAUUUGUAUCAAUACUUAAUGUCUAUGUACACAAUGGCAUAGCUUAAAGAAAAAGUUAAACUAGUUACUGGGAGGAAUAGACAUCAAAAAGUUUUAAUAGUGGUCAGAGAGAACUGAAGACAACAAAAGAAAGUCAAAAAGAAGUUAAGAACAUGAAUAGAAUUCUACAAAAGUUAGAUAUGAUCAACCUCUAAUGAUUCUAGAAUAGGGAAAGAAAAGAGUAUACACACUCUUCACUGUACAUGGCACCUUUACAAAAAUUGACCAUGAAUUGGGCAAUCCUUGCAAACAAAUACAGAAAAGCAGAAAUAUUAAAUUCAACUUUCACUGCCCACAAUACAAUAAAAAUUGCAUUCACUAAAAGGUCACUGAAGAAAAAAUUCCAAAUUAAUUGGAGACCAUUUAACUUAAUCCUAAAAAACUGUUGACGCAAAAAACAAAUCAGAACAAUGAUAGAUAAUUUCAUUAAAGGUGCCAAUGAAACAAAUAGGCCAAAGCCAAAGCAAUCCUUGGGGGAAAGUUACAUCUCUAAACACUUUCAUCAACAACUGAAAGAAAGAACAAUUCAGCAAAUUUGGCAAACAUGUUAAAAAUAAGAAAAUGUAAGGAAAAAAAUUAAAAUCCCAAUUAAAUGUCAAAGUAGGUAUUCUGAAAAUAAAAAAAAGAUUAACAAUUUUUUAAGAAAAAAUACCUGCUGAAUUAACGAACCUUAGAGUUGCUUUAAAGAAAUUAAUAAAAUAGACUGUUGGGAAAUUUUCUUAAAAAGAGAAAAACCAAAUUGCCAACAUAAAAAUGAUGAGAAUUCACAAGUGAAACAGAAAUAAAGGAAAUUAUUAGAGAUUAUUUUGUCCUGUUAUGUAACCUAAAUAAAAUGGAUGAAUAUUCACCAAAGUAUAAAAUGCUCAGAGUAACAAAACAAGAAAUACGGAAUUUAAAUAAUCCAGUCUCAGGGGAGAAAAAUUGAACAAUCCAUUAAUGAACUCCAAAAGGAAAAAAAUUCCAGGUGCCAGAGAAAUUGACAAACAAAUUCAGUCAAACAUUCAAAGACCAAUCAUUUCUAAUUGUUUGUAGAAAAAGUAAGAGAAGUGAUGAUAUCAAAUUCUUUCUAUGAUAAAAAUAUGGUCUGGAUACCUAAAACAGGAAAAGCUAAAACAGAGAAAGAAAACUACAAUCCAAUAUCCUCAAUCACAUUAAUAAUAAGAACAACAAAAAUUAUAUGAUUAUAUCAGAAGAUAUAAUAUAUUUAAUUUAAUAUAAAAAAGGCCUUUGAACAGAAACCAGGCCUAUUCUGAUUUUAAAAGCAAACUAGAAAACAUAGGAAUAAUUUGACCUUUCCUUAAUGUGAUAGGUUAUAGCUAUCUAAAAUCUAGAACCAUGGGAGCAGCUAGGUGGUACAGUAGUUUGAGAGCCAGGCCUAGAGAUCAGAGUUCCUGAGUUCAAAUUUGACCUCAGACACUUUCUAGCUGUGUGACCCUGGGCAAGUCACAUAACUCCCAUUGCUUAGCCCUUACCGCUCUUCUGCCUUGGAACCAAGACCUAUAUAGUAUUGGUUCUGGGAUGGAAGGUAAGGGUUUUUAAAGAAAUAAUUAAUAAAAUAAAAUAAAGUCCAGAACCAGAAUUAUAUGUAAUGGGAAUAAACUAAAGGCCUUUCUGAUAAUAUCAGGGGUAAACUAAGGAUGUCCAUUAUUACCGCUUGAUAGAGUACUAGAAAUAGUACUAGAGUACUAGAAAUGCUAAGAACAGCAAUGACAAGACAAACAAAAAUUGAAGGAAAAAGCAUUAUCACUUUGUGUGGAGGAUAGAGUGGUGUACUUAGAAAACCCCAGAGAAUCAACUAAAAAUUAAUUGAAACAUUAAUUUUAGCAACGUUAGAUAUAAAAUGCAUAUGAAAUAAUUCCAUGUUAAUCAUCAGCAUUUCUGUAUAUUUACCAUCCAAACCAAGCUGGAAAAUACAGAAAGAGAAAUUCCAAUGAAAAUAACUUACCAAAUGUAUAAAAUACUUGAGAGUAUACCUACUAUGAUACAUGGCAACUAUAUAAAUACGACUACAAAACACUCUUUACACAAAUAUAGACCUAAAUACCUGAAGGGAAAUUGCUCAUGAGUAGGCCAAGCCAAUAUAACAAAAAGGGACAAUUUUGUCCCUAAAUAAAUUUACUUAUUUGGUGCCAUACCAAUCAAACUACCAGAAGAUUGUUCUGUAGAACUAGGGGAAAAAUCAUGAGCAAAUUCAUCUGGAAGAAUAUAAGUCAAGAAUUUGGAAGGAAUUAUUGAAAAGAAAACCAAGAAGGUAUUGUUAAACAAUACCUGAUCUCAAACUAGAGUACAAAGCAGUAAUAAUUAAAAAUAUUCGGUAUUGAGUAAGAUAUGAAGAGAUCCAUCCAUACAACAGAUUAGGUACAUAACAUCCAGGAGCAAACAGAGAUUGAUAAAGCAAAAAUCCCUGGCUACAGGGGUAAUGACUCACUAGUUGACAAAAACUUCUGGGAAGACUGGAAAACAGUCUGGCAGAAACUAAAUAUAGACUGACAUGUUACACCAUAUACCAAGAUAUCUCCAAAUGGAUACAUGAUUUAGACAUAAAUGCUUCAGCAUACCAAGGGUUGGGCCAUGGGAGCAGUCUGGCCCAGAUGCAGACAAUAAUGACAUGCAUUGUCUGUAGAGAAUUUAAAAACAAGAACAAAACAGUCUAAAGAUCAAUCUGCUUUUUUUCUCCUCCUGCACUGGCAAUUCUUUACACUGUCAGUGGUAAAAUACUCCUCCCUCCCUUCCAAAAUCUUUGUUGCUUUAAGUUGUCUAAGUUCUCAAUUAUUGCUAUUUGACCGCCAUCGGGCCUCCCGACACUUGCGGACUCAGCUAUAUGUGUUUGUUUAGUUAGAAUCUUGUGAGCUCACUUCAGACGCAGUUCAUGUCUCUGGCCUCCGUGAUACAACAUAUUCCUGUGUUUAAACAGUAGAUUCAAAACAUAUGAUGAUAGCACAGUGAUUGUAGAGACAAACAGAACUUGAGUUAUUUCAAUCCUGUCAUUCGAUGUGAAAAUUUGGUGUUUUGAUUUGUGUUUAAAACUUAAAACAGUGAAGUAGCGCGAACUGCGAAGUGUAAUAUUUUUUUUGUUCAUCUGUGAAAUCUUUUCCUGAAUUUGAAUCAUAUCUUGAGAUUUCAAUGUAUUCUUCCCUUUUAAUUGUCUGUUGUCUGUUUUAAAAUGAACGAAGGAAUCAAGAAAAGAAAGUGUUGUUUCAGUGGUACGAUUUAGAAGAUGCCUAAAUUGUGCCUUUUGCAGACAUUUCCAUUUUGUUCAAAUUUGCCUGGGAAAUGAGGUUUUAUGAAUCUCUGCCAAACUUGCCCACCCAUUUCAGAUUUUCCCUAUUUGUGUCGCUUUUCCUUCACGUGAAAGAACUUUUUCAAAAUUAAAAUCAAUAAAAAGUGUUCCUCAAUCAGCUACAUGUACAGAUAGACUGACAAGCUAGUCUAUUCUGUCUAUUGAAUGUGAACAUGAGAAGAUCAAUUUUCACAAAUUUAACGGCAAAUUUGUAGAUGCUAAGGCUCAAAAACAAAAAUUGUAAUGUUAUCGUUCAGUACUGUGACAGACUAAUAUAUAGGUAUAAGUUUUUUCCUUUUUUCAAAAAAAUACAUUAGUGCAAUUAAAAAGUAUUAAUCUGUUAAUUUUUCCUUUUUAUACUGUAAUAUUUAUUUUAGUUUUAUUUUUAUUUUUUUACUGGCAUAAUUAUACUAUAUAUGAAGUUCAAUAAAAGAACAUUUUCACUGUG